AUGUCUAAAGGCAGGAAAGGUUUUGUUGCAUGGAAGAUUGAUUUAUCUAAGGCCUGUGACAGACUGAGUUGGGAUCUUAUUGAACAGGUGCUUAUGGAGUUGAAACUUCCUACGACCUUUAUUCAAUUAGUCAUGAGUUGUAUUUCUACAUUAGAACAUCAAGUAUGUGUUAAUGGUGAAUUAACUGACCCUUUCAUCCCUGAAAGUGGUAUUAGACGGGGAGACCCUCUCUCUCCCUAUCUCUUUGUUUUAUGCAUUGAGAAACUGUCCCACAUGAUCGCGGAUUCUGUUUGCAAAAAGAAUUGGAUGCCUGUUCGAUCUUCCCAAUCUGGGCCUUGUGUCUCCCACCUUUUCUUCGCGGACGACCUAAUCCUUUUUUUGGAGGCUAGCCCGAAGCAUGCACGGAUCAUGAAAAGUUGUUUGGAUUUGUUUUGCACGGCUUCGGGUCAGACUCUCAAUUUUUCUAAGUCUGUUGUCUUUUGUUUUCCCAACACCUGCAAGGAGCUUGCCAAGGAAAUAAGUACUACAUGUGGUUUGCUAUUGACUGACAAUCUGGGAAAAUACCUAGGUAUGCCUAUCUUGCAUCACCCUGUGAACAAGUCUACUUAUUAUAGAAUUGUGGAAAAGGUUCAUAAUAGAUUGGCCACUUGGAAAAGUAAGUGCUUGUCUAUGGCUGGUCGGAUAACUCUUAUUCAAGCAGUUACAUCUUCAAUACCUAUCUAUGCAAUGCAAACAACUAAAUUACUUAAGAGUAUCUGUGAUGAUCUUGAUCGCAUUCAUCGCAACUUUUUAUGGGGAGGUAGUUCCAGGCAAAGCAAGGUUCACUUAUGCCAAUGGGAUUUGGUAUGUAGACCCAAGCACAAAGGUGGUCUGGGUCUGAAGAAAACCUCGUUACUGAACCAAGCUAUGCUGGGUGAUGACUUAGAGAAUUGGGAUGGGGGAUAA